AUGUUUUUCUUGGCGUAUGAAAACCGCUAUUCUGAGGUCGAGCUGUUCACCCCGCGCUUGUUGUGCCAACGAUCCAUACCGGUGGUGGAGGUGAAGACGAAGAAGCUCAAGAAGCUGUGGAGCAAGUACCAGACGGCCCACCGCGAGAUCAAGGACAUCCAGGAGGAGUUCCAGCAGGAGAGGUCCGACAUGCUCGACACCAUUCGAGAGCUAACGAGACAGCUCAAGCUGAAGGAGGUUGUGAUCACUAACUUCGUGCCCCCGGAAGAGGUGUCCAGCGUCGAGCGCCGCGCGCAGUGGAACGAGGAGGCGUCGGCCUGGCUCAUCCCGCGCCUGGAGCUCGCGGGGAACUCCCUGCGCAUGCGGCGGCCCGUCAGCGUCGCGGGGCUGCCCCGGCCGGAGACGGAGUACGCUCGCCACAGGAAAGGGUACGAUUCAAACCCCAGGUGCCUUUUCUCCAGCUCCCAGGAGACCCCGAACGGGUACAAGUACGACAACAUCAUCGCGCAAGAUCUCGACAUGCCCGAGCGCACUACUCAGGAGUACGAGGGUCCCAGCAUGGUGGGUGUUGAGCAUCAGGUGAUAUCGCGAGUACAGCCGGCAGUGGUGAUGCCGCUUGACGCAGAUGAAGAGGAGGUAACUUUCUCCACCGUGGCAGAUACGGCACCCCCUCAGCCCUACCUACAAUACGGCCCCGAUGACUCGGGGGGAGGUGGGGAUAGAGGGGGUGGAGCCGGGGCCGGCGAUUCUGCAGCUGGGGGAGGUGAGCCGGGCGAUCUGUUCUUGCGGAUUUCCCCCCCUUUCCUCCAAGAAUCCAUUUGCUUUCAGUGA